UCAGAGUGUGUGUGAAUGUUACGAUAUCAAUCAGUCUCGAGACACUGUUUAUAGUAGUAAUAAUAGUAGUGGCAGCAGCAACAGCAGCAGUAGUAGCAGGUAGCGGAGAUUGUUGCCAGAUGUGAAGUGGAAUAUCAUCAGUCGUCGCUGCACAAUGGACGGUAGAAGAGGUGUUCUCUAAAGAGAGAAAAGAAGAAAGAUUUUACGAGCAAUCGAAAGUUGAAACAUUCUGAUCGUUUUCCUAUUUGUGAAGAGAAAAGGGCAAACAACACACACACACACAUGUACGAUAUACACAUAUUUACGCACAUCCACAUAUACAUACACAUGUACACACAUCCACAUAUACAAACAGGUUUACAUACAUUGAGAGGACAGUACAAGAAUAAGAAAUCUCGGUGGACUAUGCUGAAACUGAAAAGUUAGAAAUCGUAUGUAUUAUUUACAUGUAUAUAUGUGUGUAUAUAAAUAGAUAGAUAGAUAGAUAGAUAGACUGGCGUAGGUAGACAGACUGACGUACAUAGAAAGAUAGGCAGACGGAUAGAUAGAUAGAUAGAUAGAUAGAUAGAUAGAUAGAUAGAUAGAUAGAUAGAUAGAUAGAUGGAUAAAUGGACAGAUAAACGAAAGGAAAAGACAUAUAUAUAGUGGGAGAGAUAGAGAGAAGCAUAUGCGUAAGCGUAUGUGUGAAGACAGAAAAGAAUAAUCGAAGGAAACUUCUACCCGAGUCGAUUCUUCCAAUCUUUUGCUUCGUUUAUAAUGAGUUUGGCGGGUAAAAAUACCUGCUACAUUGGGCAGCAGGAUGGGAAAAGAUAUUCUCUGGAAGAAGCAGAUGACGAAGAAGAGUCUUCACCUCUAAUGACGAGCCCUGAAGCUUCGUCGGAUCAAAGCGGUGCAACCAAUAGUCCCAAUACAGCUGCUAACCAACACCAACAUCAACAUCACCGCCAUCACAACAAUAUUAAUAAUAAUAACAACAACGACAAUAACAACAGCAGUUAUAGUAACAGUAACAAUGUUUCUAGUACUCACCACACACAUACUGGCGCCAAGGCCUCGACAUCAACACCAACGUCUACAAUAGCUUCAGAGAUGUCUACCAAUAAUAGUGUGGCUAGUAGUCAUGCCACUAACCAGUACCAUCGAACAGUUUUUGAGGUACUUUACCUAGGGUCGGCUACCAUCGACAAGCGAUAUUCGUCUCCACAUUUCGUAAUGCCAUGGGUAGUGGCCGAAGUGAAGAGGAAAACCGAUGGCUUUCGCGAAAUUCGUUUGGAAGUGCGGGAGAUAAGUCUCAGGGGUGUACAGGUCCUGAGUACUUCUUCUGCAGACUCUUCCGAACAUGCAAAACACGUCAGAGCCACUAGCCCUAAUACAAACACCACGUCUUCGGCAAUUCAGUCGACAGCUGCUCUACCAUCACUGUCGUCUCAAGAAUGUCAAGGUGACAGCAAUACGCUACAAACAGACACCAAAGAAUUUAUUGUGUUCGAACACAAAUUACAAGGUGUGUCGAGGUUUGCAGAAUCUCACCAGGAACCGCGAUGUUUCGCUUAUCUUACCCGACCUCAACUUAACAGUGAUUUUCAUUGCCAUGUAUUCAUGGCACCCGAAGAAAACCAGAUUCCUGAACUCUUUGCUUCAAUACGCAAAGCUACAAAGGAGCACCGAGAUGAUGUCAAUGACAGCAACCUGUUUUUCCAUGAUGUCAGUGACUCCUCAGAACCAGCAAAGGCGUUCUGCGAGGUCUUGUACCUUGGCAAGGUGCAAGUGGACAGCUGCAAGCUGACCUCGAGUGACAUAGACAGACUUAUGCACAGGCUGUGCCCUGUAGAUGAUGACGGCACCCCCAUCAACGCCGACAGCCGACAGAGACAUGCCAGCGAUGCCAGUGUACGAAGUCUUCCUGCGUCACUUGACAAUACUGUGACAGUCACUGAGAACGAACUGGAGCAGCAACAGCAGCAGCUUCAUGGUGUGAAGUUGAACGGAAGCAGCAGCAACGAGUUCCGUGCUGCCAUCGACUCACCAUGCAGCUCUUUCGAGAACAUCGAAGAAUCGUCAAAUGAGACGAAAAGUAACUCGCACAAGAGUUACGCUUAUCCGUCGUUUGUGGAAAAAGAAGGUAACCAGGAGGACAGUUUACCGCAGAACCUUGUCACAGAUAUUGUAAACCGGACAAUGUUGUUCCGUCUAGGCAAAGAGGAGAUUUCUCUCAUCAAUUUGGACCAAAAGAGAGUGAUGCUUGAGCGGAAAUUCUCAGACAUUUCUUUCGUCUCUCAGGUAAGAUCUUUUUGUGGUUAUUCUUUUGUUGAAGAAAUUCUUAUGUCUGUGAAAUCGGCAUUCAAGUCUGCCUACGAACAGAACAAGCUCCAGUUGAACCAAAUCUGUACAAUGUGUCCACUACACCAAUUACAAAAAUUAUGUCAAGAAAUAAAUGUACUAAGUACAGUGUGCGGUAUUGAGCUACUUAAGAGGAGAGUUCAACAGUUGCCAGAAAAAGAUGCAGCUGAGAUGCACAACAGAUGGAAGCAAGAAAACCCACAGACAAGUGAAGAACUUUUGGAAGUUAUGAUGAUGUCUUUGAGGUACUUGUGUGAGCAGAAACAGAAAGAGCACAAUCAUAUUUCUACAGGAAAAUCUGCAGGCAAACUAGAGUUCAACAUAAUGGAUCGACGGACUAAGACUUCCAAACUAGAUAGUUUCAGGAACAAGGCAAAGAAAAGCCUGACAAAUUCAUUUGAAAGCUUAAUCCGUGGUCGUAAAAAGGAUGAAGCAAGGGAGGCCUUUCGUCAACGAAGUGGAACAACGGACAGUGAAAGUAGCUGGGCAGCUUAUUCAGUCGAUUCUUCUGCUCCGACAACACCUGAGUUGUCACCGUCUGCUUCUCCAAUGUCCAAGGAACGCAAGUUUCGGCUACCAACACCGCCGGACUCUCCAAAAGCUGAGAUUCGGCCUCGCAGCUCAACUGUGGGAGCAAUUCCAAUGUCAACAGCUAGGGUGACAAAACAGAAUUUCCCUCCAGCGAACCUUAACAAGGACAAUAAUUACACCCUCUACAAAGAGGACAACAGCAGGCGGCAGGCAGAAAAUGCCACAAGUCCAAUGAAGCACAUGUUUCUCAUCUCUGGCAGCAGUAUGGCUCAGCUGUCCCCUGAGAGCGCUUCGUCUUCAGUUUGUUCAUCCUUUGAUGACCAAAGUUCCGUUAUGGCAACACCGACACGCAGAGGAUCCUGGCGACAUGCCAUUUUUAACCGAGUUGUCACACCAACCGACAGUACACGUCCUUAUAGCUUAGAUGAAUCUCCAUCACAAGAGGCAGUCAGUUGUCGACCAACAAUGGAUGCCCGAGCUCGCUGGAGGAAAGCCAUACAAGAAACUCUGCUUUUAAUUCGAAUGAAUAAAGAAAACCAAAACCUGCGAGCCAGACAAGAUGAGAUCCAACAGAAGAGACAGAAUCUCGACUAUGAGGAGAUAACGCCAUGCCUGAAAGAAGUGACCAAAGUCUGGGAUUCGAUGCUCAAUAAUUCUAACCGAAAGGAAACUCAGUUUGAUAAGAAAAUCCUGAUUGAUUGCAUCAAACAAGGUUAUUUGAAUAUAUCUUUCACAAGAAGGACCUUUCCAAAGCACCCUUAUUUCCGAACGCAGCUGGGUCCAGGCCAACUGGCACUGUUUAAUUUGUUAAAAGCCUACAGUUUAAUUGACCAAGAAGUUGGUUACUGUCAAGGUCUCAGUUUCAUUGCAGGAAUGCUAUUAAUACAUAUGGAUGAAGAAUCUGCUUUUCACAUAUUGAAAUACCUCAUGUUUAAUAUGGGACUACGAAACCAGUUCCGACCGAGCAUGACAGCUCUGCAGAUCAAGUUGUACCAACUGACACGUCUCAUCCAUGACAACCAUAGAGACCUUUAUGAACAUUUUGAAGAACAUGAGAUUGUGCCGACCCUUUAUGCUGCACCAUGGUUCCUUACCAUAUUUGCUUCCCAAUUUCCUUUGGGUUUUGUCUCCAGAGUCUUUGACCUGAUCUUUCUGCAAGGUAUUGAUUCCAUAUUCAAAGUAGCCCUCAUUCUUCUUGGAGACCACAAGCAACUAAUCAUGCACUGCGAGUCAUUUGAGAGCAUUGUAGAAUUCCUGAAGACCACCUUGCCAAGUAUGGGUCUUGUGCAGAUGGAGAGAAUCAUAAAUCAGGCAUUUGAAGUGGAUUACAGCAAACAACUCCAUGCUUACGUAGUUGAAUACCAGGUGUUACAAGAAGAAAUGGUCUACACUUCAACGAAAGAGCGCCACAGUGGCAACAGCAUAAUCCAUCGUCUAGAAGGUGCAAAUCGUUCUUUGAAAGAACAAAACAGGGAGUUGAUGGACAAGCUUCAGAAUGCACUCAGUCAACAACGUAGCCUUGAAAGUGCCAUCAACAACUUCCAGACCAACGAGACACGACUGCGUUCUAAGCUGCAGGCCCUUGAACUAGAGCGAGCAGCUCUUUUGGAUCGUGUGGCUACUCUAGAGAAAGAGAGUUCAAAUUUUCAGGCUCAACAUUCCUUGCUUUCGGACACUCAAUCUGCCAGCAGUCUAACAUCUUCAGCUGUAGAAUCCACAAAUUUACCAGUUUCUGAUGCUGAGAAAACGUAGUCUAUUUUGUUGUAGUAGUAGCUAUAUUUGUUAUUGUUGUUUGUUUAAACUUUUACAUCAUGUUGUUGUUAUUGUUGUUGCUGUUUAAAAAUUGAUGAAUGCAGUUUUUUUUUUUGUUUUUUUUUUUACUGCUUAUCUGGAAAAAUGCAUACAUCCAAUCUAGCUCAUGCAUAUAUAAUAUACAUCUACUAAAAUAUACCUCUGAGAUGCAUACAUGUGCAAGUACACACACACACACACACACACACACAUGCAUACAUUCAUACAGACACACACACAAAAAAACAAGAAACAAAUACACAUACACAAAAUUACAUUUCUGCUGUGACUAUUUCGAAAUUAUUUUAGCCAAAACUUAGAAUUUACCAAUAUUUUAAAACAGAACAAAAAAAUGGCAGAGUGGUAUCAGACCAAAUGCCUUGCAGCAUUUAGCUACAUCUCUUUGUAUUGUGAGUUCAAUUCCUGUUGGGAUCAACUUUGCCUUUUAUCCUUUUGAGGUUGAUAAAAUAAAGUACCAGUUAAAUACUGGGAUUGAUUUAGUUGACUGUACCCUUUCCCCACAACACUUUAGGCUUUGUGCCUAUAUUAAAAAGUUCAUAACUAAAGCAAAAGAACUAUUUUAAAAACCUCUUCUUUUUCCUCUUCUUUCUCAUCUUUUUACUCUUUUUCUUCUUCUAAUGUGUUUUUUACUCUCUUUCUCUCGCUCUCUCCCUUUGGAAAUUCUGUGAAGCUGCUGUAUAAUGUUCAUGUGGCUGCUGCUGGUGUAGGUUGUGUUGUCUGUAUGUGUACAUAUUCGUAAAUGCAUGACUAUGUAACCUUUCAUAUUAAAUUUCAACAUGUAUAUGUCUAUACAUGUGUGUGUACAUUGGUAUAUAUGUUCAAGUAUAUAUGUUUGCAUAUAGGUAUGUAUGUAUGUGUGUGUGUGUAUGUAUAAUGCAAAUGCAUGUAUUUGAUUGUAGAUGUGUAUAUAAGUUUGUGAAUGUGGGUGAGUGGCUAUAUUUAUGUAUGUAUUCAUAUGCGUGUAUAAUUCAUAUAUAGAUUUCUAUUUCUUAAUUCUUCUUUCGUUCUCACAAUUUUUCACCAUUUUCGUAAAAUGCAUGAUCAGUUGUAUCUGGUCUGUAGACUUUGGACUCCAUAGAAUAAGCUGAGAUAUAUAUAUAUAUAGGAAGUAGUUGUCUCAGUCAGUAUUUACUGGUGCUUAAUGUGUGCAUACAGUUCAUGGUAAUAAUAAUGUACAGUAAUUAAAAAAAUGCACAUUCAAUUUCUCCCAAAUGUGGAAUGUAAGCGUGUACAAACAUAUAUAUAUAUAUAUAUAUAUAAAAGAAACUUCUGAAUCAGCACUAAUUGAGCCUCAAAAUGGAAAAUGUGUGUAUAUGUUAUAUAUGUUUGUGUAUGUUUAUAUACAUGUGCCUACAUGUUUGUGUGUGUAGAUAAUUAGUGUUUGUGUAUGUAUGUAUAUAUAUAUAUAUAUAUAUAUAUAUAAUACACGUAUAUAUUAUACACUAUACACAAACAACAAUAUAAAUCUCUCAAAUUGCACUAACUAAUCCUUGAUAUAUGAACUGUAUGCACACACUCUUUGACAGGUAUAAGUAACUUCUUAAAUGUGAAAUGUGUAUUGAACCGUAAGCACACAUUCUAUGAAAUGUGUCAUAAUUGAUUUCUUAAAUGUGGAAUUUAUGCAAGUGUGUGAACUGCGUAAAAUGCAUGCACACAUUUUAUGAUAAGUAUAAGUGGUUUCUUAAAUCUGAAAUGAAAGCAUUUGUAUGAACGGUGUAAAAUGUAUGCACACACUCUAUGACAGGUAUAAUAUAACUGAUUUCUUGGAUGUGAAAUGUUUGCAUGUGUAUGAACUGUGUAAGAAGUAUGCAUAUAUGACAAAAGGGAAGAUGGAACCAUUUGAAUCAGCACUAACUAAUUUAUGCAUAUUUUUUACAAAAUCAGAGAAUCCAACAUUUUGCAGACUAGCAAGAAAUUCUUGAACCAAAUUAUUCUAUGCAGAAAACUUGAAACUGUUGGCAAUGGAUUGCAUCAAUCUACACAUGCAUGUGUGUAUGUGGCUAUAUGUAUAUAUAUAUAUAUAUAUAUAUAUAUAUAUAUGUGUGUGUGUGUAUGCGCAUAUGUGUAUGUAUAUUUGAGUUCAUAUAUAUAUGAAUACGUGUGUAUACAUGUAUAUAAAUACACGUGCAUACAUGUGUGUGUAUACACAUAAACACACACACACACAUAAAUACGUGUAUAUAUAUUAAUGUUUGCUUUCAUGUCAAGUCAUAACAAAAACAAUUUUACAUUAAACCGAAGAAUUACUUUGACAAGAAUAGUAUUGACUGUGGCUUUAAAGUUUGGGCCUGCUUAACCUUCAUUAGCAGUCCAAUGAGGGCUAAGCAGGCUGAAUAUUUGAAGUCACUCCUCAAUAUUAUUCAUGUUAAAGAAUAAUAAAUGCGUGUGUGUGUGUGUGUAUAUAUAUAUAUAUAUAGGCACGGGAGUGGCUGUGUGGUAAGUAACUUGCUUACCAACCACAUGGUUCUGGGUUCAGUCCCACUGCGUGGCACCUUGGGCAAGUGUCUUCUACUAUAGCCUCGGGCCAACCAAAGCCUUGUGAGUGGAUUUGGUAGACGGAAACUGAAAGAAGCCCGUCGUAUAUAUGUAUGUGCGUAUAUAUAUGUU